GAGUACCUGAUAAGGUACACGUACAUCGGUCCCGUAGCAAAUUUAGAUCAUCACGUCACAGUCAAACAACCAAACAUCUUAGCCAUGGAUUCCAACCAACACCGUCCUCACAACAACAAGAAGAAAAAGAACACAAAUGGUGCCUUCUUGUUCUUCACGGCAACUCUUAUCAUGUGGGCUGUAUCUAUUUCCUUCGAAAUUCUAUUCAACAAACGCACAGAGCUCCUUCCUCUUGUUUUUGGCUUCAUUUUUUACCAAUCUGCCAAUUGGGUUUGCCGUCAUUUCAUCUCCAGGGAUCCUAUUUUAGUCAACACUUGUGUCUCUCUCCUUCAUUCUACUCUCACUUCUGCUUCAGUGGUGUUCAUUUUGGUGAAGCAGUUGUCAAGUAAUGAUUUUGAUAAGGUAUUUGAGCAUUCACAGCUAGUUAAAGCUACAUGGCCAUGGGCUUAUGCAGCAUUAUGCAUUUCAAGCGGCUAUUUUGCGUAUGAUCAAUUGGAUAUGCUGUUGUACGGAUUAUAUAGUGGACUGAUACCGUCUAUCCUGUUACAUCACUUUAUACUACUUGGAUGCUUUACUCUAGCACUUUACCGAAAUGUCACCAUCAACUACCUUAUUCUGACUCUUAUAUGUGAGUUACAUUCUAUCUUUCUUCAUGUAAGAAAAGUGAGACGGAUGGCUGGCUGGCGUGACAGCAGUAGCAAGUUUGUGAAAAUCGAGUGGUUCUUAAAUAUAGGCACCUUCUUAUUUGCACGCUUCUUAUCACAUGUACUUAUUACAGUUAAGCUACUCAAAGAUGCAUCUAAAUUUGAGAAAGGUAUAGAGCUCCCACUUGCUUUAUUUGGUAUGGUCGGGAUGAAUUUGCUCAACAUUUUCCUUGGCAUGGAUCUCUACAAGGCGUUUAAGAGGGAGACAAAUCAACCCCGUGCUCACAAAUCUUAGUUUAUCUGGAUGUUGAUACAGAAUAUUGUUCGUGAAUGCAUCUUUAUUCAGAAAAUCGUUCAUUAGUUUACACGGAAGUAAAUUUCAAGUUGUGUAAUUGUGACUAUUAGAUUAAAGAGCUAUAUAUGAUCCUAAUCAGCAGAACGUGGGCUUUCGUGAAGCUAGAACUCAACUUUUAUGUAAAAUAUAUAUACAUCCAAGAACA